AUGUCCAACAAAUUUGAUAUAACCGUAUUUGGAGCAACCGGUUUAACUGGCAAACGAAUCGUAAAUCAUAUCUACGAAUUAUCUACUACUCAACCUACCAAUUUCCCAGACAAUUUUCAAUGGGCUGUCGGUGGACGAGAUUUUCAGAGACUAGAGGAGGUGGUGGACGACAUCUCUCAAAAAUACCCCAACUCAUCCUUGCCUCGUCCAAGUGUCAUUGUAGCAGAUGUCGUUCGUCGUGAGAGUGUAGAUGAGAUGACACGACAAUCAAAAGUGGUGCUUAAUGCAGUUGGUCCAUUUCGCUAUAUGGGCGAGUAUGUGGUCAGAUCGUGUGUUGAUCAGGGCUGCGAUUAUAUUGAUGUAUCAGGCGAACCCGAGUUUAUCGAGCGUAUGCAACGAACUUACCACGAUGUGGCAGUAAAAAAGAACGUGACAAUUGUGCACUCUUGCGGCUUUGAUAGUGUACCUGCAGACCUGGGUGUCUUAAAGUUAAAACAGCUUUACACAGUUAAUAAAUGGACGCCCAUACAUAUCGAGGGAUUCAUGAAAAUACAUGCAGGUUCAAGUGGUCUUCGCAUGGGAUAUGCUACAUAUGAAUCAGCUGUUAAUGGCGUAGGCUCAGUCGAACUUUUGCGUGAGAUUCGCAAAGUCUCUGAGCUCCCUCAGCUGCCUCGCCAAAGUGGCCCACGUCUCAAAUUCCGUAAAGGUCUUAGAAAAGAUAAAGACUAUGGAUAUCAUGUUCCAUUUUUGUUUGCCGAUCCUUCAAUCGUCAGACUAUCCCAGCAACUAUUCUUGGCCGGACAUGCUGCUCCUCCUACUCUUCCCGAGGAUGCAGCCAUGCCACCAACCGUUCAGUUUGCAGAGUAUCUCUUACUACCAUCUUUCUGGAUCUGUGUUCUCUAUUACUACUACACAACAAUUUUUGGCCUUCUUGCUUCUUCUCCUUGGGGACGCAAUGUGUUACUUCGUAAUCCAGAACGCUUUACACACGGACUAGCCUCCAAAAAAGACCCAACACAGGAACAACUUGAUGAAACUAGCUUCGAGCUGAUUUUACGUAGCAAAGGCUACUCUUCUCAGACAUUGCCCUCUUCGGAUGAGCCCCUAGACCAAUCCAUAACACUUGUUGUGAGCGGACCUGAACCAGGUUAUAUCUCUACGCCUCGUAUGGCUCUCCAAUGUGCAUUUACAUUAUUGAGAGGCAAGCCAACUGGUCAAGUCCCUCUCGGUGUCCUAACCCCAAGUACAGCUUUCUGGAAUACAGAUAUAAUUGAUCGCUUGAGUUCUGUAGGUAUCAGUUUUGAACAAGUAUCCCCUUUUGAUUCAAAUACACAAUAA